AUGUUGGAAUCCACAUUCUCUGAGCAGCGUCAACAAACCUCUGAAGAGAGUUCUCAGAAAUCAAAAAUGAAUAAGAGAUGGAAGACCGAUCUGCACUCUUCUUUGUCUACUUCAACAGGGGAUGAUGCUGAUGACGAUAGCUAUUAUAUGUCUUUGCCUGUGGUAAAGAAGUCGAAAGGAGGCGUUGGCUAUGCCAGAGAUGUAAAGGAAGAUGAGCAGUUUGUCUUAUUCCUUGGACACGUUCUUUUGCGCUUUAUCGAUGUUCUGCGUCCACAAUACUCGGGGGCGGUAGCGGUUUUGUCUUAUUCCCUGGACAUGUUCUUGCGCUUUAUUGAUGUUCUGCGUCCACAAUACUCCGGGGGCGGUUGUCUUAUUCUGGCCUCGAAGCAAGGAACCGCGCGCAGUGCUUUUGGCUUCUUUUCGGCCAUGCGGAACGACUUGCGGGAACCUAUUUAUCACAGACCAGGAGGAGAUGGUAACGAAGACAUGCCCAAAGAACUGCGCAGACGCUUAGCCAAAGUGGGAUGGUUGAAUGAAAAACGACUCUGCACGGAGAGGGAGGUGCACGAAACCAGCGACUACAUGGUUCACCCCCACGAUGAAGCGCGGAAGAAGGCUUACGUCGACUGGGCUACUCAAGUUCGAUUUGCUAGUGAGAUCAAACUAAAAAUCUGA